GGAAAACAGCUGACAAUGCGGCAGCGUCAGACAGCUGGGCAGCAAAGUGCCCACAGAGGAGGGGACACAGGGCUGGGUGGGAGGAAGAAGAAGAAGAAGGGAGAUGUGGGUCCAGCUCAAAAUAAUCUUCCAGACCUUCCCAGCUCGAUACACAAAUGCUGCAGCUUUGGGGGGAAAGGAAGGCUGAACCCCAACGGCAGGAUGAGUUGGCCUAAUGUGGUCUUCCUUGCUUUCAGCUUCCUAACAGUGGCCCUGAGCCAGAACCAGGAGGAGAAACUAAUCAAUGACUUGAUGGCCGACUAUAACCGCAACUUUCGCCCGGCUAGAGACAAGGGGGACAUUAUUGAUGUUUCUCUCAAGCUAACACUCACCAACCUCAUCACAUUGAAUGAACGGGAUGAGGCGCUCACAACCAACGUCUGGGUGGAACUGAAAUGGAACGAUUAUCGCCUGCAGUGGGAUCCGAAUGACUAUGACAAUAUCAAGUGUUUACGGAUUCCCUCCACGAUGGUGUGGCUGCCAGAUAUCGUCUUGGAGAACAAUAUCGAUGGUGUGUUUGAUGUUGCACUAUAUGCCAAUGUUUUGGUGUCUCCGAGUGGCAGCAUCACCUGGCUUCCCCCGGCCAUUUAUCGCAGUGUCUGCUCUAUUAUUGUCACCUACUUCCCCUUCGACUGGCAGAAUUGCUCCCUUGUAUUCCAGUCACAGACCUACAAUGCCCAUGAGAUCAAUCUCCUGUUGACAGUUGAAGAAGAGCAGACAAUUGAAUGGAUCUUUAUUGACCCUGAAGAUUUUACAGAGAAUGGAGAAUGGGCAAUUAAACACCGGCCGGCGAAGAAGAUAGUGAAUGCGGGAUCUUUCACGCCAGAUGAUAUUGAAUACCAGCAGAUUGUCUUCUUCCUCAUCAUCCAAAGGAAGCCGCUCUUCUACAUCAUCAACAUCAUCAUUCCUUGUGUCCUCAUCUCCUCCGUGGCGGUGGUUGUGUAUUUCUUACCUGCCAAAGCCGGUGGCCAGAAGUGCACAGUUUCCAUCAAUGUCCUCCUCGCCCAGACUGUCUUCCUCUUCCUGAUUGCCAAAAAGGUCCCAGAAACAUCCCAGGAUGUGCCACUCAUUGGAAAGUACUUAACCUUCCUACUUGUGGUCACCAUAACUAUAGUUGUGAAUGCUGUUAUUGUACUCAAUGUUUCUCUGAGGACCCCCAACACCCAUUCCAUGUCCAAGCGAGUCCGGCAGGUGUUCCUGCACCUCGUGCCCAAUUUCUUAGGCAUGCACACACGGAGGCCCAACAACAUGGCUAUGGGGCCACAACUCCUCCGUCGACGGAGCUCUCUGGGGCUCAUGGCGAAAGCUGAUGAGUACAUGCUGUGGAAGGCACGGAGCGAGCUCCUCUUCGAGAGGCAGAAAGGGAGGGAUGGAUUGAUGAAGCUCCUGCUGGCAAAGAUAGGGGAAGGUUUAGAGAAUGGAUGCCCCCAGGACUUUUGCAGCAACCUACGCAACGCUGCGCCAGAAAUCCAGGCCUGUGUGGACGCCUGCAACCACAUCACCAAGACUUUGAAAGAGAAGAGUGAGUUUGACAGCGAGAACGAGGAGUGGAUCCUUGUGGGAAGAGUCAUUGACCGCGUCUGCUUCCUCAUCAUGGCUUCUAUCUUUGUUUUUGGAACCAUAGGUGUCUUCUUGAUGGCUCGCUUCAACCAGGCACCUGAAGCACCCUUUCCUGGAGAUCCUAAACGAUACCUGCCCUAAGAAUCUAGUCAAGGGAGGCAGCAAGGUUAACCUUCUGCAGGAUUAAGAGAGACUGACUUUACAAAUGAAUUUUGAGGGCCUGGUGGAUCUCUGACCUGGAGCUGCAUUGUUCUGCAAGCUCUUCUGUAAGCUGAUGUUUAUUCCGGAGCUGCCUUGUACAUACAAUAUUGCCAUGUAUUAGCAAAGAAGCGCCUUGAAGCCACCUUGUAGUUCACAUGGCCUCCUAAGGUACAUACAACAGUACAUACCACAAGGAUGGUAAAAACAUCAAAACAUCCGGGCAUCCCCUGGGCAAUAUCCUUGCAGAUGGCCAAUUCUCUCACACCAGAAGUGACUUGCAGUUUCUCAAGUCGCUCCUGACAUGAAAAAAAAUACAUCAGCACCAGUGCUCUGCCUUCCUGGGGCUGAUGCAACCAUUUUGAUGGUGUAUUUUAUAAUCCUGAAAUCUGAAAUACUCUAAAAUCCAAAACUGUUCACAUGGGUGGCUGAGACACCUUUGCUUUCUAAUGGUUCCGUGCACAACAACUUUAUUUCAUGAAUAAAAUUAUUUUAAAAGUUCUAUGAA